AAUUUACUCAAUUCUAUAUCGAGUCCUCUGCUUUUUUUGGGGAAGCACGUGGUGGAUACGAGGCGCGCAAAAUGAAUUCCCAACUGGCAACAGCGCCCACCCAGCUGGGAAAACCUUUCUACGCAACAUAUUACUUCCUCACAUCGGACCUGAACCCGUCAUUCCUCCGCGAAUCUCCCCAUAACAAAGAGCGCGGAACGAAGGUUUACGACAAGUUGGUAGUCGGCAAACGCGAGGCAAGGGACGCUGUUACUGUGUUCACAGAUCAAGCGAGCGGCACCAAGGAUUUAAUUGGGCUACUCAGGAUCGAGUUCUCAGCUGCUGAUGCGUUGAUCCCUGCAGGGGUGCCGGUGUACUACGUAGUUCUGGGCGUCGUUGUAGUAACUGGCUCAGGCUCACACAAGAUAUUGAGUCUCGACGGCAUCCCGUACCCAGGUUACCCUACGAACAGCGGAUGAAGACCUCGACUCCGUCACUCCAAUUGGCAUCGACUGCAUGAUAGAUUCAGUGUGGUACAUUUCGCAUCUCAAGCGUUGAGGGUGCUCGCUGGCAGCUAGGUUGAAGAACGGCGAGUCGGGCUUCCGAGUUAUGCGGUCAUUGACGUGACCGCACCAACUCCACGAU